CUCCUCCACGGGAUGAGGGCUGCAGUUCUACUGUUCGUUGUGGGGGUGUGUGUGUUCAACGCUGCAUCUUCCCUGAAAAUCUGCGCUUUCAAUGUUCAGAGCUUUGGUGAAUCAAAGGCUAACAACAAGAAGGUCAUGGGGAUUCUUCUAAAGAUUCUCUCUCGGUGCGACUUGUGUCUUAUUCAGGAGGUCCGAGACUCUAAAGGAGCAGCUAUCCAAGCCUUGGUUAAGGAUCUCAACAGGUUGGACAAAUCCAACUCGUACUCCUACGUGGAAAGUGAGAGGCUGGGGAGGAAGACUUACAAGGAGCAGUAUGUCUACGUCUACAGGAGCAAUGUGCUGACAGUCAAAGAGCAUUAUCAGUAUUCUAAACCAGAAGGAGAAGGGACCAAUGACACAGAUGUUUUCUCCAGAGAGCCUUUCAUCGUUCGCUUCCACUCUCCAACGACACUGGUGAAGGACUUUGUCCUGAUUGGGCAUCAUGCCUGUCCAAGAAAUGCCAUGAAGGAGAUUAAUGAACUCUAUACAGUCUUCAAAGGAAUUUACAACAAGUGGAAGAACGAUAAUGUGAUGAUCUUGGGGGACCUCAACGCUGGCUGCAGCUACGUCACCAUCAAGGGCUGGAGGGCUGUGCGCUUGAGGAGUGACCCCAAAUUUCGCUGGUUAAUCGGAGACGAGCAGGACACUACUGUCCGUGAGAAGACGCACUGUGCCUACGACCGGAUCAUUGUCCACGGACGUGAGAUUAUCUCCAGCGUGGUGCCGGGUUCUGCUCAGCCGUUCAACUUUAAAAAGAAUUUCCACCUGACAGAGGAGGAGGCUCUGGAGGUGAGUGAUCAUUUUCCUGUAGAAGUUGACCUGAAGCCAAACCACCGCUACCUCCUCCGCAAUGAGCUGUAGAGACCAGC